AGAGAGCCGCCCCCCCCCCCGCAGCCCUGAGAGGCCCUGCACGCCGUCCCAGCGGGGAUGGCGCAAAAGAAAUACCUCCAAGCGAAAUUGACCCAGUUUUUAAGGGAAGACAGAAUUCAACUUUGGAAACCUCCCUAUACAGAAGAAAACAAAGAAGUUGGUUUGGCGUUAAAGGACCUUGCUAAGAAGUACUCCGACAGGCUGGAGUGCUGUGAGAAUGAGGUCGAAAAGGUGAUAGAAGAAAUACGCUGCAAAGCGAUUGAGCGUGGCACAGGCAACGAGCAUUUCAGGACAACAGGAAUUGCCACCAUCGAGGUGUUUUUACCUCCGAGACUAAGAAAAGACAGGAAAAACUUGCUGGAGACCCGACUGCACAUCACUGGCAGAGAACUGAGGGCCAAAAUAGCUGAAACCUUUGGAUUUCAAGAAAAUUAUAUCAAAAUUGUCAUAAAUAAGAAACAGCUACAACUAGGGAAGACACUGGAAGAACAAGGAGUGACCCACAAUGUAAAAGCCAUGGUGCUGGAGCUAAAGCAGUCUGAAGAGGACGUGAGAAAAAAAUUCCAGAUUGAAGAAGAGGAGCAAAAUGAAGCAGAACUUACAGAAAAAAGAAUUCAGAGGACUAAGAGAGGGCUGGAGAUCCUGGCGGAGAGAGCUGAGAUGGUGGUGGACCCAGAAACCACACCAUACCUAGACAUCGCUAACCAGACCGGGCGCUCAAUCAAAAUCCCUCCCUCAGAGAGAAAAGCCCUUAUGUUAGCUAUGGGAUAUCACGAGAAGGGCAGAGCUUUCCUGAAAAGACAAGAGUAUGGAAUAGCCCUGCCAUGUCUGUUGGACGCGGACAAAUAUUUCUGCGAGUGCUGCAGGGAGCUGCUAGACACGGUGGACAACUACGCGGUGCUCCAGCUGGACAUUGUGUGGUGCUACUUCCGCCUGGGGCAGCUGGAGUGCCUGGAUGACGCGGAAAAAAAGCUCAACCUGGCCCAGAGAUGCUUUAAAAAUUGUUACGGAGAAAAUCAUCAGCGACUGGUCCACAUAAAAGGAAAUUGUGGGAAGGAGAAGGUCUUGUUUUUAAGACUUUACUUGCUUCAGGGCAUCCGAAAUUACCACAGUGGAAAUGGUGAAGAAGCUUUUGAGUAUCUCAACAAGGCACAGCAGCUCUUCAAAGAGCUAUACAUCGACCCAUCGAAAGUUCACAAUUUGUUGCAGUUGGGAUUCACCCCCCAGGAAGCCCGACUUGGCCUCCGGGCGUGUGAGGGGAACGUGGAUCACGCGGCCGCACACAUCACCAACCGCAGAGAGGAGCUGGCCCAGAUAAGGAAGGAGGAGAAGGAGAAGAAAAGGCGCCGCCUGGAGAGCAUCAACUCUCUGAAGGGGAUGGGCUACUCCGGCCGCGCGGCCCGGCAGGCCCUGCAGCAGGCCAGCGGGAACCUGGAUGAGGCCCUCAAGAUUCUCCUCAGUAACCCCCAGAUGUGGUGGCUGAGUGACUCGAAUCCUGAGAACCACCACCGCCAAGAAGGCUCUUCCCAGGAGAAUAUUGACCAACUGGUGUACAUGGGCUUCGAUGUGGCGGCGGCCACGGCUGCCCUGAGGAUGUUCCGGGGUAGCGUCCAGCUGGCAGCUCAGACCCUGGCGCUCAACGGAGGGAGCCUCCCCCCCGACCUCCAGCUCUCGCCGGAAGAUUCCUCAUCAACGCCCUCCACAUCCCCUUCGGACUCGGCGGGCACCUCCAGUGCCUCAACCGAUGAGGACAUCGAGACCGAGGCCGUCAACGAGAUCCUGGAAGACAUUCCGGAACACGAAGAAGACUAUCUGGACUCCACGCUGGAAGACGAGGCGAUCAUCAUCGCGGAGUACUUAUCCUACGUGGAGGGCGUCAAGGCAGCAGCCAAGAAAAACUGAGUCAUGACGAGAAGUGCUAAGUUUCCGCUUAUAAACUCUAUCCUCAUGAAGGUCUCCUGCAGGUUUCCUUUUUGUCUUCUUCCUUCUCCAGAGCCUUCCUGCCUGGGGACUGGGGGGCAGGCAGGGAGCAGGGGCACAGAAGGUAGGAAGGCCUGGGGGUGCUCUGGGGGGGAGCUGCCUUUAGGUUCUGAACCCCUAGUGCUGCCCUCUCCGCUCACCUUCCUUCCACCCAGAAGUGGGCCGGGCUGGAGCAGGGUGGCCUCGGGGAGGUGCUGGGAGGGUGAGGGAGCCCCCCUCAUCUGCCCCGCUGCCUCUCGCCCAGCUCUCCUGCCCUCCUGAGCCACUGCUGCCCCUCCUCCUGCCCAGGAGGUGGCCUCUGCUUUCCUGCUUCACCCUCUCAGCUCCAUCCCUAAAAUGCCCUGUAAAUCUUCAGCCAUUCCAGGGGCUCGGGCCUGGGGAGGUGGAAGGGGCUGCCGCAGCCGCCGCGCCAUGGCCCGUGCCUCCCGCCUAAGCCUGUGCUCUGCCGCCUGCAGUAAGACACGUUCCUGAAGUUCAAGGUCGAAAUUCAGAAUUUAUCUGCUUUUAAAUUUCUCCUUUACAAAAUAAAAUCUUUUACCAAGCGGGAAAGUGUGGCGUGCUCCCCGAAGCAGCUUCUUUUCACUCGGCAGUCUAACGCCGCGCUGCGGUCAGCUCGCCUCCGGCUGGGAUCUGGCCAGAGGCCGAGAGAGGUUUUCGCCAGGCGUGUGGUUUUUGUCAUUUCCGUAUCACACCGCCAAGGGCACCAGACAGCCUUGCAGGGGCUCGAAUCCCUCCUCGAGUCCUCCUCCCGUGCCCACCUGCAGUGGACGGAAGAAGUUGCAGCCCAGGACCCAGCCGGCAGGCGUGUCCCCGCGCCCUCCCGCCCGUCCAGAGGCGCCGGGCCGAGAGGCUGACGGGUCGUGGUAUGGACAGAGGUUGCGUUGGGAUGGACACACAUCCUUUCUUUUGAGAUGGAUGAUACGGGUGGAAAUAAAGGGUAGAAA